CUUCUCUCCCUCCUUUCCUCUCCCUUUCCCUCUCCCUCUUUCUCUCUUAGCUUCCUGACAUUAAAGAGAAAAUGCUGUUAUCAGUGACGUCCAGGCCUGGGAUUUCGACUUUUGGCUAUAACAAGAACAACAAGAAGCCAUAUGUGUCGUUGUCUCAGCAAAUGGCACCACCUAGUCCAAGCAGCAGUACCCCUAACAGCAGCAGUGUGAGCACUGCAAAUGACCAGCUGAGUAAGACCAACCUCUACAUCCGGGGAUUGCAGCCAAGCACUACUGACCAGGACCUGGUGAAGUUGUGUCAGUCAUACGGCAAGAUUGUCUCCACUAAAGCCAUCCUGGACAAGACCACAAACAAAUGCAAAGGCUAUGGCUUUGUGGACUUUGACAGCCCUUCAGCAGCGCAGAAAGCGGUAACAGCACUGAAGGCCAGUGGUGUACAAGCUCAGAUGGCCAAGCAACAGGAGCAGGACCCCACAAAUUUAUACAUCUCAAACCUCCCACUGUCAAUGGAUGAGCAAGAACUGGAGGGGAUGCUGAAGCCCUUUGGCCAGGUUAUCUCCACUAGAAUCCUUCGAGACACCAGUGGGACCAGCAGAGGGGUUGGCUUUGCCAGGAUGGAGUCCACAGAGAAGUGUGAAGCCAUCAUCACCCACUUUAAUGGAAAAUAUAUUAAGACACCCCCUGGAGUACCAGCCCCAUCUGAUCCCUUGCUUUGCAAAUUUGCUGAUGGGGGUCCAAAGAAACGACAGAACCAAGGAAAAUUUGUGCAGAACGGACGGGCCUGGCCAAGAAAUGGAGACAUGGGUGGCAUGGCUUUGACCUAUGACCCCACCACAGCUCUUCAGAAUGGGUUUUACCCACCUCCUUACAACAUCACCCCCAACAGGAUGCUCGCUCAGUCUGCACUGUCCCCGUAUCUUCCAUCUCCUGUGACGUCGUAUCAGAGAGUAACUCAGACAUCUCCUCUACAAGUGCCUAACCCGUCUUGGAUGCACCACCAGUCAUACCUCAUGCAGCCUUCAGGUUCAGUUCUGACACCAGGAAUGGACCAUCCCAUUUCUCUCCAGCCUGCCUCCAUGGUGGGACCUCUUACCCAGCAGUUGGGCCACCUCUCUCUCAGCAGCACGGGCACGUAUGUGCCAACAGCUGCAGCUAUGCAAGGGGCUUACAUCUCCCAGUACACCCCAGUGCCUUCUUCCAGGGUUUCAGUUGAGGAGAGUGGCAGCCAGCAAAAUCAAGUGCCGGUGGAUGCACCCUCAGACCACGGCGUCUACUCUUUCCAGUUCAACAAGUAACAAUGGGUUUCCCUCCCCGUCUUUGUUGAAUAUAAAAGAAUUCUUGGAGAUGCUGAUGCUCCAGACUCCAGAGGGCUGACCAGGAAUACAGCCCUUCUGUGGGCCCAGCUGAGGACUAACACUUGGUCGUCGGUUUUCACAGGCCUGAGCCUGGAAAAAGAAACCUCUGCACCCCUGCCUUCUGCUCUUCCUCCACUCCCGGUGGAGCCUGGGGGGGUGGUGGCUGUCACCUUUUGUGUGUGCUGCAGUCAAGGACAUCGACAAAACUUCUUUUCUUUUGUGAAGAAAGUUUGCUGUUUUGCUUUUAACUGCAAUAUACUCUUAUCCUAUCCCAAAGAGAC